AUGUCGUCCGACAAGCAAAUAGUUUUCAUUACUGGUGGCCACAGCGGCAUUGGCUACGAGGCCGUCAAGGCCCUCUGCAAAUCCUCCCAGUCAUACGAGAUAAUAAUUGGCAGCCGCACCCCGUCGAAGGGUGAAAAAGCGAUUUUGUCUCUUCAGAAAGAGGUGCCCCAGUCCAAGUCUACUUUGACUGUCUUGCAGACAGAUCUUGAGUCCGACUCGUCACUUGAAAAGGCGGCCGAGGCUAUCAAGACCAAGUAUGGACGCCUUGAUGUCCUUGUUAAUAACGCUGGCGCUUCCUUCGACAUUAAAUUGGCUAGCGGUGAAAUCUCCAUGAGAGAUGCCUACAAUGCGGCAUGGAAUACGAAUGUUGUCGGGCCACAAAUCCUGACAACCCAUUUGGCUCCGUUGCUGAUCAAUUCAUCUAACCCUCGUCUUGUUUUUGUAUCAUCUGGCACUUCGUCGCUGGCCGAUACCCUCCAUACGGACCAUCCGGCAACCCAGGCUCUUAACAAACCACUUGCGGCCGGAUGGCCGAAGAAGGAAACAUUCAUUCCGAUGACGAGCUACCGUGCCUCCAAGACCGGAUUAAAUAUCAUUAUGCGAGACUGGGUCCGAGUCUUGACGAAUGACGGUGUGAAGGUGUGGGGGCUCGAGCCUGGCUUCCUGGCAACCGAGUUUGGUGGUGCUGACCCGAAGGAUUUGAGGGCUCUGGGAGCUGGAGAGCCAAGCGAUGGUGGUGAAAUUAUACGUAGCGUGGUGGAAGGAGAGAGAGAUGCUGAUGUCGGUAGAAUUGUUACUAAAGAUGGUCUACAAAGAUGGUGA